GUUAAUAUUCCCAAAGUCCCAUUUUAGAGAGCCCAACAUGGAGUCUGAAAUUUACGAAGCCGCUGUGAAAGGAAAUGUGCAUUCUUUGCGUCAGUUGCUUGGAAAAGAUAAGCUACUUCUUGAUCGAAUCAUGAUCGGGAAUCACACUGAGACUCCUCUGCACAUCGCAGCCAUGCUCGGGCACCUGGAAUUCGUGGAAGAGGUCCUAGCUCGGAAGGCUGAGCUAGCAAGAGAGCAAGAUUCUCAGAGAUCUACGCCUCUUCAUCUUGCAGCAGCAAAAGGGUACCUUAACAUAGUGACAAACUUGUUAAGAGUCAACCCUGAAAUAUGUUUCGUCCGUGACAAAUACGAAAGAAACCCUCUUCAUGUUGCAGCCAUGAAAGGCCAUGUGGAUGUGUUGGAAUUCUUGGUUAGAGCAAGACCCGAUGCAGCCCAUAGUGUCAUCGAACAUGGCCAGACAAUCUUGCAUUUAUGCAUGAAGCAUAACAGAUUUGAAGCUUUGAAGCUUUUGAUGGAUAUCUUGGGCGAUGAUCAGUUCAUCAACUUGAGGGAUGAAUAUGGCAACACAAUUUUGCAUUUGGCUGCUUCAGAUAGACAAACUAAGACUAUAGUCUUCCUGCUUCAGAAAGGAGUAAAUCCGAACAUUACUAACUCUAGAGGUCUCACAGCACUCGGCCUAUUAGCACAAGGCGAAAGCACGGGAAGAACCUCGGAGAUUAAGAAUUCUCUUCCUCGAACUUUAGAGAAUCAUGAGCCAUCCAAACGAUUAGUCUAUGAAAAUAACACGGUCACCACCUUGCAUUCACCUAUAGGAGAAGAGGACAAAAGGGAACAAAAGAGAAAGUGGCAAAACAGUAUGCAUAAGACGCUAAUGGUGGUAGCGACAUUGCUAGCAACCAUGGCAUUCCAAACCAGUAUUACCCCGCCUGGUGGCCUUUGGCAAGAAGAUUUCCCAGGCGAGAAGGAUGUUAAGGCACAUACUGCGGGUGAGUCCAUAAUGGCAGAUAGGUACCCAUCUCGUUACAAGUCUUUUGUAAUAUGUAACACUGUGAGCUUCAUCGCAUCGCUUAGCAUCAUUAUGCUUCUCGUAAGUGGUCUUCCUCUAAGGCAGCGUCGUAUCACCACGUGGAUUGCAAUGCUGACUACAUGGAUUGCGAUAACCUUCAUGGCGGCGACUUAUGCCAUCUCUUUUUCUGUCUUCACACCGCCGAAAGAACUGGAAACUUUCGUUGACGCAAUUGGAUGGGCAGUGCUGGCAUGGCUCGGAUUGAUGGCUCUUCUUUUCCUAUGGCACGUUGUUCGCUUAAUCCGGAAAUUAGUACGCAAAGUCCUAAAAUUUGUACGCAAAGCCUCAACAGAACACAACCAAGAGGGUCUUACGGUUUAGUGGUUGUAUAUCGCUGCAAAUUUGUUUGUUCUAGAAGAUGCACCCUGAGCCCCAACGCUAUGCAAGAGGAGAUGUUAUACGGUGCAUAUGUUGUUCGGUGCACUGAUUGGACAACUUAGCUAUGAUGCAUUCUAGUAUGGUAUGUGCUUGUGAAAACAUUAAGCGUGUUGAAUCUAUUUAAAAUACGGUGUUUAGAUGUAUAAUGGAUUGUUGUUUUACUUGAAUUGAUUUGGGGCAGU